AUGUCUGUCCUCAAUGGCGUCUCUCUGCUCCCGUAUGGGGUAGUGGACAGUGCAGACAGUGAUGCUGGCAAGUACACCUGUGAGUACCGCACAUGGACGGUCCCCUACAGAACAUCACAGGGCAGUGAUGUCCUUCUACUGCUGGUGACAGGGAUUAUGCCUAAACCUACCUUCCAAGCCCACCAGAGUCGUAUCAUGACCCCAGGAGAGACGGUGACUCUGCAGUGCCAGAGGCCAGGCCAUUUCAUUGGAUUUCACAUGUUCGCUCUACUGAAGGCGGGGACCCCAUCGCCUAUCCAGUAUUGGAACUCAGAGAAGAACAGGGUGGAGUUCUCCCUCCAGAACGUGACAUUCAGGGACACCGGGAACUACAGUUGUGUAUAUCACCUGGCAACAGCCCCUUUCUGGGCCUCAGAUCCCAGCACUCUUGAGAUCUGGGUGACAGUUUUCAUUUCAAUAUCUCUAAAUACACUCAUUACUAUUCUUUUUUAUCGGCUUUGUGUUGGCCAAGGAGACACUAUGGGAGACGGGUCUCUGCCCAAGCCCUCCCUUGUGGCCUGGCCCAGCUCGGUGGUCCCUGCCAAGAGCAACGUGAUUCUGAGCUGCUGGACUCCUGCCAGGGAUGUGAGCUUUGUUCUCAGAAAGGGAAAUUCUAUUUUGAGUUCUUUGAAAGCAUCUGGUCCUGUGGAGGGCCUGGCUGAAUUUCACCUCAAGGAUCUAAAAACCCGUGACGCUGGGGAAUACACCUGCGAAUACCACAGUAAAGCAUCCCCCCACACAAGCUCACAGCACAGUGAUGUCCUUCUACUGUUGGUUACAGGCAAUUUACCUAAACCUUCCCUCCAGACCUACCAAGGGGGUACAGUGGCCGCAGGAGGAAAGGUAACUCUGCAGUGCCAGAAGCCAGACCACAAUGCCUUUGCGCCUAUAAUGUUCGCUCUCCUGAAGGCAGGAACCUCGUCACCCAUACAGCUGCAGAGUCCCACAGGGAAGGAGACAGACUUCUUCCUUGAAGAUGUGACCGUCCGUGACACUGGGAAAUACAGUUGUGUGUACUACCAUACAAGGCCUCCCUUCUGGGCCUCAGACCCCAGCAAUCAGCUUGAGGUCUUGGUGACAGUUUCCCCAGGUACUCCAUCGAGAGAUUAUACCACCAUCAACCUCAUCCGCCUGGGUCUGGCCGCCAUAAUUGUGGUUAUGAUGGGUGCCUUCCUGGUUGAAGCCUGCUGUAGCCAGAAAGCAUCUCCACAUUGA